UGGCCUUGUAUAGGUACUGCCUAUACAGGGUGAGGGCCCACAGACUCUGUGACAGCUCCCCUUCCUCUCCCCUCUCAUGAAGGACACAGUUUGUGUAAUGUGGUCACACAGCAAGGACAGGAGAGCCUCCUGCACACUGAGGGAAAGCCUGGGAGACGCUGCUUUGAGUUUUAUUCAAGAUGGAAAUCAGAAGAUAUGAGACAAGAUGACAGAGAGUGAAUAAGUUCUUCUUUCUUCACUGGAUGUUGGAGAGAUUUCUGCACAAAGCAACCAUGGGAAACAUCUUUCAGUGUUGCCACACCCUGCUUGCCUUCUUCAAGUGUCAGGAUGCACCAUCUCAGGGGGGGGCUGAGCAAUCCCCUCUUCUAUCAAGCGAUGAAAGCGAUUGUGACUCCUGGAGCUCUCAGCACAACUUAGAGGACAAUAUAUUAAACCCGUCUACUGGUAUAACAAACACAGCACUUGAGCCGGAACAUUUUCUGUUUCCUGACAUCAUACUAAGCAGCAACCCUGGAGGCGAAGUGACACCGGUGGAGCCCAUGGUAUGUCUACUGGUUUCUGAGGAGGAUGAGGAGCAGGGAUUUAUAGCAGGUCAACCUGAAGAUGAACGAAAAAUAUGGGGCAACGGCAACGGAAGAGGCAGAGCUUUCUCUGAAGUUGAGACACAGACUGAGGAGGAGACUUCGAUUGGUACAGAGGUGCAAGCUCAGAUAAACUCAGAGGCAGAAAUGCAGACAAAUCCUGGGUACAUUGAUGAGACUCUGGAGACAGCGAAGAUAGAAAUCUGGGACGAAAAACCUCAGCAGGUAGAUUUGAUUUUAGACACACAAACAUCACAAAUAAAUAAUUUAAAACUCAACAAUUUACAAAUAGUAGAAGCACAAAGCAUAAACACAGAAGAUUCAUGGUUAACAGAAAGGGAAGAAAGGAAAAAUAAAUCACAGAAGUCUAAACAACAAGCUGAAGAAGGACUGGAACAGAGGGUGGAAUAUUCCCCUGGUAUUGUUUGGACUAAACAGAACCCUGCACUGAUGCAUCACAGUGAAAGCAGUAAAGAUCAAAACGUUGACAAGACUCUGCAAAGAACAGGUAGAUUUGAUGACAGUAUUGAUGCAGACAAAAAAACUAACAACACAAUCAAUGAUAUCAGCUCUGCUGGAAGUCAUGAGGAUCUCCAAGUAAGAUGUGAACACAGUGAAGCAGAUCCAGUAGGUAAAUCUGUGAUGUUGGCUCAUAAAGUACGAAAAGAAAAUGAUCCAUUAAGUAUUAACGCAGAUGAUUUAGCAGAGCGAUUCAUUUCUACAAAGGAUCCAAUGUAUGAUGAUAAGAAAAACAUAAAGCCAGCCAAGAGAGGACUGGAAGAGCAUGAUGAGCAGGAAGGAGCAGAGAGACAGGAGGAGAAAAGCCUGUUUUUAAUGGACAGACUGUUUCUGGGAGCUCCGCUUAUGAAAGGAAUCACUGAGGAUCUCCAGCUCUCUCCUGAGAGAAGUACGUUGCCAGGCCUUGGAGAUGUAACCGAUCUUCAUGAGGACGAUUUUACCGUCAGAAUUCAGCCGCCUGGAACAGACAGUUUUGAGCUUCAGGUGUCAGGACAGAUGAUGGUAUCUGAGCUCCACCAGGUGCUUAUGGAUCAUGAGAUCACCUGCCACCGUACCUGCUUCUCCCUGCAGCUAGGACAAACGGUCCUCGACAGCCUGACCAAGCUCGGCUCCAUCGAGGGCAUUCGGGGGGGUGUAUUGAUCAGGGUGGUGGAGGAUCCCUACUCAGUGCGUGAUGCUCGUGUUCAUCUCAGACACAUUCGCAGUUUGCUGAGGAGCCUCGACCCUGCAGAUGCAUACAACGGUGUGAACGGCCGUUCUCUAUCCUAUCUGUCCUUAUACACCAAGGCAGAGCAAAAUGCUGAAAAUGAGAAAAAGAUGCAUGUUUCUGAGAAGGGUUCCAUAGACUGCAGCCCUCCAGCUUACAUCAUGCCUGGAUGUAAGGAAAGACUUUUAACUCCAUUGCAGCCCAUCAGAGAUGACUGGAAGCCUUUGCAGUGCCUGCGAGUCCUGACUACAAGCAGCUGGAACCCUCCGCCAGGAAACAGGAAAAUGCACGGAGACCUGAUGUAUGUCAGCAUCUUAACUUUGGAAGACCGAGAGCUCAGCAUCACUUGCUCCACGCGGGGUUUCUAUCUCAACCAGUCUACUGCUUUUAACUUCAAUCCUAAACCUGCUGCUCCUAAAAUCAUCUGCCACUCUCUGAUUGAGCUUCUGAACCAACUGAGUCCAGCAUUCAAGAAAAACUUCACAGCCCUUCAGAAGAGGAGAGUUUAUCAGCACCCCUAUGAGCUUAUUCCAGCUCCGUUCCAGGUCUAUACCUGGGCAGCACCUCUUGGAGAUCACACCCUGGACUGCAUCAGCUCAGAGGAGACAUACACCAGUGUUAUGGGGUUGGAUGAGCAGACAGCUGGACAGACUCGAGACUGGAAUGAGGAGCUGCAGAGAUCCAGGGAGCUUCCUAGAGCUUCCCUACAGGAGCGACUGCACAGAGACAGGUGCAUCUUCAAGAUCAACAGUUAUUUUGUUGCAGCUGCAGCUCAAGGUGCGGUGUCCAUCAUGGAGGGCAGCGUUAUGCCGUUAAACCCGGGGGAGCAGUCUCAUUUCCAGAUAUUCGUGUGGAAUAACCUCUUCUUCAGCCAGGCAUUUGACAUAUCAGAGCACUACAAGCCAAUAGGCGGCGAUGCUGCUGCUCAUGCUGCUGCUAUGCACGACCUGAGAGGAGUUCAGGCAUAUUCAACUGCUGACAUUGAAGGUCUUCACACUCUUGGGACGGCUGUGAUCGACUAUCAUGGUGUCCGUGUCGUUGCUCAAACCAUCAUUCCUGGAUUAUUGGAAAAAAACCAUGAGCAGAUAGUUUACGGCUCUAAUGACAAUGGGAAAACAGUCUAUACCCACCCACGGUUUUUAGAGCUUCUGGACAAGAGCCUUACCUCGCUCAGAAUCCAGCGUCACCAGGUCCUUGACCACAACAACAGCCCAGUGGAGCUCUGCUCAGCCGUCUCCACAGUUGGCAUAUUUGGAAAUGAUGGGCGGCCCUAUAUUUUGGACCUUCCGCGGACUUUCCCGCAAGAUCUGAACUUCCAGUUCAGCUCAGCUGACAAUGAGGAGGAGGUACCCAAAGAGUGUCAGAGCUUUGGUUACCCACAGCUGCAUCCUCACGGCCUGGCCAGCCUCAGACCAGAGCUGAUAGAGGCCUACGUCCAGCACAGGUGUGAGCUAUAUGGGAAGAUGGCAUCUGAGGACCUAAGCCAACAGUCCUCUGCAGAGAAGAUGGAGCCUCAGAGAACUGGGGAUAGAACUGCAGAUGUUAGAUCAGUGAGCAACUCUUGCUUCUACUUCAAUCCUGAUGCCUGCUCCCCAGGAGUACGUUUCCCCUCCGAGUGUCUCCCAGAGCUACAGAGGCAUAGACAGCUUUUGUGGGAUGCAGCUGCUUUUCUGCUCUCAAAUCAGAUCCCUGCAGUGGUGAGGGACUGUCUCAACCAUUCAGCCGUCCCAAUGGAUGGAGUGACUCUGACCUCAGCGAUCCAUCGGCGAGGUGUGAAUAUGCGAUAUCUGGGCGCCAUACUGAUGGAGCUGGACAAGGUGGAGGAGAAGGAGAGACUCAACCAUGUAAAGAGAAUUUCCAUCAGUGAAGUCAUCAUCAGAAGUGCAAAGCACAUCUUCAGGACCUACCUCAAGGGUGGGGAGCCUGCAGCUUUUUCUGUAGCUGUCAGUCACUUCCUAAACUGCCUCCUGAGUUCGUCCUCUUCUGCACCUGAGUCCUCCACAGAAGAGCUCCCAUCCCGUCGCAGGAGUCGCCGGCGGAGAAGCCAGAGCAACAGAGCCAACUUUUCAGCAAAGACCAUGUGGGCAAGACUGACCUCUGAUGAGUUAUGGAGCAGAAUCAAGAACGAGGCGCAAGAUUAUUACCACUACACUUUUAAAAGGUGCAUUGAAAGUUUAGACGAAGUAAUAGAAAAACACAACCUUCAGAGAAUCUCACUUUUGAGAGAGAUGGCCAUCAAGACUGGCAUUCAGAUGCAGCUUAGAGAUUAUGUGUUUGAGUGUCGACACAAACCAGCAUUUAGUGAGGAGGAUAUUGUGAACAUGUUUCCUGUGAUCAAACACCUCAAAUCUUCUUCAGCUCAUGCUGCAGAACUUCUACAGCGAGCACAGCUGGCAGUACAGCAGGGGCGUCUCAGAGCAGGUCUAGACUUGACCAGUGAGGCCCUGACUCUUUUCAGCAGUGUUUGUGGGGUCCUGCACGAGGACGUUUCCAUUUGUCUGCGCCUCCUAGGACGGCUCAGCUACAUCUUAGGAGAGAAUGAUGAAGCUCUCAACCUUCAGGAAAAAGCUGCUUUGAGUUCUGAGAGAAUACACGGGAUAGACCAUCCACAGACCAUACAAGACUAUACUCACCUGGCCCUGUACUACUUUGCCGGAGGACGCCUCUCAACAUCCCUUCAGUUGCUCUAUCGUUCUCGAUACCUCACCCUGCUUGUAAUUGGAGAAGAUCAUCCACAAAAUGCGCUUUUGAAUAGUAUGCUGGGUUUAGUCCUCUAUGGCCUGAUGGAGUAUGAGCUUUCGUUGAACUUCCUAAAAGCAGCCUUGACUUUAACCUCUAAAUACUACGGUGCAACAUCCCUGAACCACGCACACAGUCGUCAUGUUCUUGCUCUUGUCUAUGAGAGCAAAGGGGAGUUCAGGCUGGCUCUGCAACAUGAACAAGAGGCUUAUUUAAUAUUUAAAAAACAGGUUGGUGAAGACAGUGAGAGAACUAAGGAAAGCUCAGAAUACCUGAAGAGGCUCACUCAGCAGGCCGUAACCCUUCAGAAAGCCAUCAAUCAUAUCACUUCUGGAAAACAGAGUGCCUGUGUCUUAACUCCAAGGUUUCCAAUGCCAAGUCAUCCUGUGAUCCUGCGGCAGCUCAACCUGAUAUGUGGAAUUACAUUUAUGCCUCUCAGGUGAAAACACUAAGUCCAUCUCACUGGAUCUAGAAGUAAAAACUUGAAAAAGAGCUCAAGGAU